AGGAAUACUGUUUCGAAAUCUGUCAGUUUAUUAGCAAAAUCUGUGAUCUGGUGGGUCAUGUCUUCCUUUCUAAGGAAGACAUUCACGUUCGUCCGCUCAUCUCAUCACGUCCUCCCUAAUUUGUCAAUUGUCAUGUCUCCCUUUCUCUUGUUUGCCAUUCCUAUAUAUUGUCUUUCAGUCAAAUCCAUUUCUUUGAAGGGAAAAGAAUAGGAACAUGGGUAAAACAGUGAAGCACUCAAAGAUUGAAGUUCGAAGAGAGAUGGAGAGAAAGAGUGGGUAAUGGGCCUGCGGAAGGAAAACUAAAGAUGGAAAGCAAAGGAAAAAGUGUGGAGAGAGAAGCCGAAAAGCAAGGAUUAAUGGUGAAAAAGUUGAAACGCCGUAUGUUGGUAGGGAAAAGAGGUGGCCCUUCUACUCCACCACCAACAUGGAGGCUUGAGUUUUCAUCUCACAAGAAUGAUGACGCUACUAAUAUUCGAGAAUUCCUCACCUUUCCCAACACCGCCGCAUCAAUCUCUGCGAGAAAACUCGGUGCAAACCUCUGGGAGAUACAGCCCCACCGAAACGUCCGCCUCCUACUCGCUAAAAUGAGCAAAGGUGGUGCUGGGCUUCGUUGCCGCCACCACAGGGACAAGGGGUUUGAAAUUUCCAAAGACGUGGUUGACCCUUCUGAUAGCUCCACUGACUCGCUUACAAAUGCAAGUCACUUGAGGAGGAAUCUUGCUGCAUCAAUUGUGCAAGAGCAUCGACCAGUUCAAAGGAGCAAUCGUGCCCUGCAGCCUGUAUCUCCGGCAAGUUAUGGUAGCUCGUUCGAGGUGGCACGUUAUAAGCCUGCAGUCACUCCCCCAAGUUCUUUGGACUUAAAGUCUAGAAUGGUCGAAUCAGAUUAUGGCAUUAAAACAUCCACAGAGUUACUCAAGGUGCUCAAUCGGAUUUGGAGUCUUGAAGAACAACACACAUCCAAUAUAUCAUUGGUGAAAGCACUGAAAAUGGAACUAUUCCAUUCCAGAGCAAGAAUUAAAGAAUUGCUGGAAGAGAAGGAAUUAGGUAGGCAUGGAAUGGGCGACUUGAUUAAACGAGUAGCAGAGGAUAAACUUGAUCGGAAGAAUAAGGAGCAAGACCAGACCAAAGCUGCAAUUGAAGCAAUAAAACAUAAGCUAGAAGAUGAGAAGAAGUCAAGAAAGCAUUCAGAAGGCCUGCACCGAAAGCUAGCUCAAGAGCUUUCUGAAUUGAAACAAUCUUUUUCUAAUGCAUUGAGAGAGCUUCAAAGAGAGAGAGAAGCACGGAUUCUGUUGGAAAACUUGUGUGACGAGUUUGCCAAAGGAAUAAGAGAUUAUGAACAAAAACUCCGGCCCUUGAACCACAAGACUGAGAAGUAUGGGGUUGGUAGGGAAAACCCUGACAGAUUAAUCCUCCAUAUUUCAGAAGCAUGGCUUGAUGAACGGAUGCAAAUGAAGCUUGAGGAAGCUCAAAACGAUUUUGCAGAAAAGAGUACCAUCCUGGACAAAUUAGGGUCUGAUAUAGAAAGCUUUCUUCAAGCUAAACAGUCCAAUGAAUUAAGGACUAAUGGGAACUUGCCCCCAUUGGAGCCAAAGACCAUGCGCCGGCAUUCAUUAGAGUCCUUUCCUUUGAAUGAUACUGUUAGUGCACCUCAAAAAACAGCUGAUGAAGAAGAUUUCUCUACUGUUGAUGAUUCACAUUACUUUGAGCAAAACAAGGGUACCAGUAGAAAGCAAAGCAAAGGCAGCUCGAAACAAAAGGAGAUUAAUGCUUCAGAUAGCCAUCACAAAGAGAGAAUGAAAUCAAAUUCUAUAAGAAAACAGGUUGAGAUGGGAGGAGAAAAGAAAAAUGUAAUAAACUAUCCUGAGAAAUCUGGAAUGAGUGAGGCUACCCGGGAAGAUCUACAAGAAAGACACAGUAAACGAGUAGGGAUCGGUGGACUGAACUCAGAUCAUGUUCCGAAUAACUUGAUUCGAAAUUAUUCCUUGUCAUUGGAGGGUGAGAAGAUUGAUCCCCCAAGUAAUUGCAGAGAAGAUUCUUGUGUUUGGUCGGUAUUAACAAGCAAUACAAGUCCAGCACAACAAUGGAUGUCAAAGUUAAAAACCCCAGAUUUUGAAAAAUCUGAAUCUUCACUGAGAUGGCCUCGGGGCUUGAAGGAGAAUACAUUGAUGGCAAAACUACUUGAAGCGAGGUUAGAGACAAAGCAAUCUCGAUCAAAACUUUCUAAAGGUUCAUUCAACUGAAUGGUAAAUUUGUCUGUAUAAAAAGAAUUUUCUGAUUGAUGAUAGUUGCUUUGUGAAUAUUUUGCCUAGAGAUCCUCUUACUAAAGGGGGAGUAUUUGUAGAGCAAUACAUCUGGAAAAAUAGGCGGCAUACAUGUAUUUUUCUUGCUAUAAUAGAGUUACUUUUAUACAUGGC